CUACCAUCGUUAUCCAUACCAUCACAACACUACACGGCACUCUCUUACCCUCACACAAUUCUCAACCAUCAUGUCUGCUGACCGAAAGUUCUUUGUUGGUGGAAAUUGGAAGAUGAACGGUACCAUCGAGUCCGGCAAGAAGCUCGUAGAGACCAUCAAGAGCGCCAAGCUCGACUCCAACGUUGAGGUCGUCGUCGCUCCCCCCGCUCUCCACCUGCUCCCCGUGCAAGAGGCUCUCAAGGGCACUCAGAUCCAAGUGGCUGGCCAGAAUGCCUACCACCAAGUCUCUGGCGCCUUCACUGGAGAAGUUUCCGUCUCGCAGCUGCAGGAUGCCAACAUCCCCUGGGUGAUCAUCGGCCACUCGGAGCGUCGAACCCUCUUCGGUGAGACGGACGCCAACGUCGCCGAGAAGACCAAGGCUGCUCUCAAGCACGACAUUUCCGUCAUUCUCUGUGUUGGUGAGACUCUUGAGCAGAGGGAGAAGAACGAGAGCAUCAAUGUCGUCGUGCGACAGCUUGAUGCUGUCAAGAAGGAGGUAGACGACUGGACCAAGAUUGUCAUUGCCUACGAGCCCGUCUGGGCCAUUGGUACCGGAAAGGUCGCUACACCCGAGCAGGCCGAAGAGGUCCACGCCGCCAUCUACGACUGGGCAGUGAAGAACCUGGGCCAGGGCGCAACCGACAAGCUCCGUGUCAUCUACGGUGGCUCAGUAGCAGGAAAGAACUGCAAGGAGCUGGCUAGCAAGCCCUCCAUCCUGGGUUUCCUCGUAGGAGGCGCUUCCCUCAAGCCAGAGUUCGUCGACAUUAUCAACUCGAAGCUUUAGAUGGCUGGGCCUCUGCGCAGCGAGAGCAGGGCUUGAGAGAUUCCAGUGCAGUAAAGAGGUGAAGUGGGUUUGGGAACUAAGGCAGGCGGAGAGUAGUCGCUCAAUAUUGUUCGUUCGAGGAAAGGCAGUCAAAUGUCACCUACCAAUAAAAACUUGGAAUGCACAUCCACACAUACAUACUCUCUCCUAGCUCAGCCGAGGGGCAUGUACAACCAAUGGUGAGAUUUCAUAUGAUGGUGAUGUAGAAAUUGGGGGAGAACAACAAUGAGAGAAGAAUGACUCGGCGACUGGACUUGGAAUGACUUGGAAUGA